AUGUUAUAUAAGUUAACUUUGAAACCAGUAAACACAAAGGCUGUGGCUCUUGCAUCCAAACAGAUCACUCUCACUGAGAUAGAAUAAAGAGCUAUCAAAAAUAGGAGCAUUUAAUUUUAUAAGAUUAAAUUAAUGAAAUAAAGUAAUUAGAUAAGCAUCGACGAAUCCUUUAGGAAGAUCAUAUGUAAGGAUGUUUAAGAAUCAACGCUGACAGAAUUUUUAGAAAGACUGGGCUAAUUGAAUUAUGAAGAAACUAGCACAUACUUAUCGGGAUUGGUGUAUUGAUUUGAUUUCAUAUAGUUAGCUAUAUAUUCACCAGAAAGAGAUGGCCCCAACUUGGUGAGUAUUUAUUGAAGAAGUGUGCAGAACAUAUAGCAUUUUAUGAGAUAGUAUUUUCAAAUUUCUGAUUACUAGAUCAAAUGGUCUUAUGAGGCUUAUACUUAUAACGAGAGACAGAAUGCUGAAAAUAGUGUGGCUGUAUUUGAUUAAAAAAUAGAAGAAGCUAUGGUAAAUCAGAUUUCAGAGAAUCAAUUUCUCGAAAAGGAGAGCAGAUCAAAUUAUGUGAAUUCUAUUCAUAGAUUUGUGACUUGUUUGACUGUCUUAUCAUUACAUCUUAAGAAUGUGCCUCUGAAUGAGAGACAACUAUAUUUGAGACGAAAUCUUAUUAAAGGAAAUAGGGCUUUGGAGAGUUUUCGUCGUAAUAACCCUGGUAUCAAAUACUGCAAAGGAAUUAUCCUACCUUUUAAAGGCAGAUCAUAGAUGGUUGUUCGCAUUAUUGACACUGAAGCCCAAUCAUUCAAUACCAAGAAGAGAGUACCAUAUAAGUUGGUGGUUGAAACCGUGGAUAUGGACGAGUACGAAUAACGCGAACAAUAACUUGUCACUCUCUAGAAGCCAUUGUCAGUAGAUUCCUAAGCCUUUUUGGAAUUUGAUGUUAUGCAUCAAUUCGACUAUACUGUCUUUGAAGACUUCUUGUAGGAGAAUAAAGAUAAGGUAUUGAAUUAGGUUUUUUUAUUUAGUUAGCUAGGUAAUAAAUUCUCCAUUAAAAUAAAAAGAGAUUUGAUUAGCAAUUUCCUCCUCUUAAAAAGGAAUUAAUAGUACGUCGAAGAAGUUGCAUUGAUCAAAUCCAAUCCUAUACUAAUAAAUAAUUAUAUGAGAAGGACUUUAAGGAUCUGUUUAAAUAGGAAGAGAAAUUGAAACACAGUGACAAGGAAUUAGACAAUAUUACAUUUCUUGAUUAGAUUGCUAAUGGUAUUCUAUUUCAUAUUCAAUUUUUCAGAAUAUCCGAAUAAGAAGGGAACAAUCGAGAAGAUUUAAAAGUAGUUAAAUGAUUCCAAGAACUUUGUCUAACAAUAAGAACUGUAAUAAUUGCAGUCUCCAUCCUAGAAUGAUUUGAAAAGUGGCCCAUUUAGUGAACAACAAUGGGACGAUAAAAGACAAGUCAUCCAAUCUCUCUCUCCUUAUGGUCAAUUCAAUUCUUAUUGUUUGAGAAGCUUGUUGAUCAAAGGAGGAGAUGAUUUGAGGCAAGAACAAAUGAUGAUGCAAAUCAUUAAAGUUUCUGAAGAUGUACUCAUUUCACUUAUACUCUCUUAGAUCCUAACCUAGGUUGGACUCUAUGUAAAAUCCUACGAUAUCAUCAUCACUUCAGUGGACUCGGGAAUAUUAGAAUUCUGCAAUGAUACUUUGUCUAUGGAUUAACUGAAGAAGUCCAUGCCUUCCAUGAAUCUAAGGGAAAUUUAUAAUAGUAUUUUCGGAGACAACUUUGAAGAAGCUCAACUCAAUUUCAUAUUAAGUUUAACCUCCUAUAGUUUACUCCAAUACCUGUUCUAGAUUAAGGAUAGACACAAUGGCAACAUCUUAAUUGACAACCAAGGUCAUAUCAUACAUAUUGAUUUCGGAUUCAUCUUGACCAUUGCGCCUGGAGGGAUUAAAUUUGAAUCAGCCCCGUUCAAAUUAACGAAAGAGUACAUUGAAUUGCUUGAUGGAUAAGAGAGUUGCAUGUUUCAAUUAUUCAAAAGUAAACUAUUACUAGGUUAUUUGGAAUUAAGAAAGAAUGUUGACAAAUUCGCCUUUAUUUUAGAAGCCAUGAAAAUCGAUAAUGAAUUGCCCUGCUUGGAAAAGUUCGAUAUGAAAGCCUUCAAAGACAGAUUCAAAUUAGAACUUAACGAACAACAACUUGAGGAACAUGUACAUAAAUUAGUUACCCAAAGUGCCAACAAUAGAUAUACAAAAUAUUAUGACGAUUUUUAAAAAUUGACAAAUGGCAUUAUUCCUUGAUUAUUAUAU